GUGUCACAGUGACGUCACUGCACAGCCGGAAGUCAUGUGGAAAGGGCUACAGUAAACAGAAGGCCUGCCAAUCUGCUGCUAUUGCUCGCUAAAAUUAUUAGAUACUAUUUGUGUAUUUUCCGGAUUAUAGUUCAUAUUCUUUACUCAACAUAGUCACGAGGUGGGACGACGCGGAGCCGAGAUGUUCAGUUUUCUCGGACUUCGGAAGGACUCGAAGAAGUCCACUCAAGAGAAGGAGGCAGACGGAUUUGUGAUCCUCGGUGAGACCGCAGAAGAAAAGAGACAGAAAGUUCAAAUCCCGAAUGUGUAUCCAGCGACCAACGUCAUCGUCCUGCCCUCCAAGUCCUCCAGUGUGACUCCAGCCCCGCCCGUGGUUCCUCUGCAGCCCUCUCUGGCGCCCCCUGUGACGGAGGUGGAGACUGCGGCCUUCCUCCCUGAGCUGCUGGGGGAUGUGCCCUUCAUGCUGGCGCCCCACAUCCUGGCCAUGCAGGCGGGGCUCCCCCAAAUCCCUGAGGCCCUCCUGCCCCGCGACACCAGCGCCAGCCUGGCCCGCUUCCGCUACGACUUCACCCUGGAGAACUCCGUGCUCUGCGACUCCUAAUGCCGCCCGCCCCCUCCUGCCACAGGCCACGCCCGCCCCCUCCUGCCACAGGCCACGCCCGCCCUACAACGGGCCACACCCCCUCCUAACACAAGCCCCUCCCCCUCAUACCACAGGCCACACCCCCUCCCAACACAAGCCACACCCCCUCCUACCCCAUGUCCCUUAAUGUGCUCCGCCCCCUUCUCUAUGCCCCUCCCGCCCUCCUCAGGGAUCACUGCCCGAUGGGGAGGCCUACCACUAUUGCUGUGUUGUUAGCUUUCAUUAGCUUAUCUACAUAGGGCUCUGUUAUUGCCUUAAAUAACCCUGGAUAUAUUUUUAUAUCGACUGUACGUGUGAAAAUGACAUCACCUGGGACCUGUAACUCAGAGGGCCUGCUGGUGUUCAUGAAGCAUUGGAGCUCUUGGCUUUUUCAGAAAAGCUCAGCUCAGAUGAAUCCGUUAGUGAAGUAAUUAGAGAGUACAGGCUGGUGUGAAGUCUUGACAGAUGGGUCUGCGUCGCACUCCCCUGACGCAGACACCAGCUGAGGGUAAACCUGCGAACACGUUUCAGCGCCCUUGUGUCGUUUGUACGGUAGUUUUGGUGUCACCUUUUACUCCACUUUCAUGUUUACAAACGGCUGAAUGGAUCCUGUCGUUUUGGUUUCUGUUUUGUGUUUUGUGCAGAAAAAUGUGACAGUUUACUACGUUGACUGAGCCAAAGAAACGUGGACUCACGAUAGCUGAUGCUUUCUGGGUUUCACUUCAGUCUCAUAAAAGCCAAAAAAAUGUGUUUUCAAGAAACCUUGCUGCAUAACACAGAACACAGUUCCACACACACACACACACACACACACACACACACACACUCAUACACACACACACCCAUACACACAUAAAAACAUGAAGUUUGUUCUAAGACUGCAUAGUUCCGAUUUCAGCACAAUAUUCAUUCACAGUGUACAUUUAGUGAUGUUUGUGUUUUUAAAGGCGGUUUUGUACGGUUUACAACAACGUGCUGGACAGUAUGAGUGGUGGAGUCAGAUAGUUUAAUUAAAUACGUUCUAUUUCUUUUGUGCAAACAUAAUUGAACAAAAAAAAAAAAAAAGAUUUACAAGGAGAGAACAAGCUCAUUAUGGCAAGUACUGUGUGCCCCUUUUGAAUUAUAUUUAGCUGGAAAACGGUCUUUUGCCAGAGUGCUGAAUGUAGCAAUCAGAUGAUGGUUUUGAAGCAGAGGAUCGGUCAUCCUGACAGUAUGGCUGUGGUGUGGAGACCCAGUCACUGUGCGCUCAGGUGAAAUUAACUCUUUUCCUGGAUUUACGUUUUCUGCGGCCUAAUAACCUUUAAGCGGCAGUGAUGGUUCUCACUGGGCGAUGUGGUGUGUUCCGCACGCUCAGACGUCCAGCACUUCAGCCCCAUAUGCGGAAUCACCGAAUGCUGAUAUUUCAUGAAUGUACUUUCCAAAAAUUAUGUUUUUUUUUUUUUUUUUCCAAGACUUAAAUGACUAUUUUCUUGCAGCCAUGAAAAUGAAGUUAGCGAUGGCACACUAUUACUUUGGUAAUUGUACUUCUGCAGUCGCUGGACUCUUCAGCAUGAUUAUUAUGGUGGUUGUAACUGUGGUGGGUUUCCUUUGGUCACAGCUGGAAGCAGAGGUGCUGAGUUAUUUGUGUGCUUAUACUUUGUGACGCAUGUUCAUGUUCACCUGUAAUGAUCUUUUUGGCUGCAUGUUUAACCGAAUCUAUGAACUGUUGUGUGGAUUGUGUGAUCCAUCGCCAGGGAAACCGGAGGUCGAGCAGGCUGUUUUAACUGUCAAACAAAAAUGAUCAGAAGCUGCGGGACUUAUGUCUGCUGAUUUGGGGCAGUUUGUUGCCAUGACAACAGUUUAGCAUUAAUAAUUCUGGUGUCCCCCAUCAGUACGAUAUGUAGGCUGUGGUUCUGAGCAAGGGCGGGAUGUUGUAAUUUACCUCAGAAUUCACGAGUUCUUUAAAAUAUUUCCACCUUUCUGCUAGUCAGCAACAGUACAUUUGUGGAAUUAAAUUCCGUGCCUUCAUCAAUCGUGGGAGAAUAUAAAUUUCACUUUGAAAGACACUUUAUAUGGUAGCACUGUCAUAUUCUGGCAGGUUUACAUGGUUUAUAUAGGAGGGGGGAGGGGGGUGGAGAGGGGUUACCUUUCUUAUUUGUUUAUUUUUUCACUGUCAGGCAUUUCCCCUUUCAUUGUCCAAAACUGUACACACAUUUAAAAUCUGGUUGUACUGAAGGUAGUGUUACGAAUGGUAGUAUUUAAAAUGUUGUAUUAUUAAUUUAAUAAACAAAUUGCAAUCCGUA